AUGAUAAAAUCGCAUGUCGGAAGCUCUUCUUCCCAUCAACACACAACAAGCUCUCUUGGAUUGGAGGACCAACAUUUUGAUGCAUCCUCUCAACCACUUCCUUGUCGAGAAAAGGAACUAGCGCAAAUAAAACAAAAUAUUUCGAACAGAAUUGAGUUAUCCUGUCCCUAUACCAUGUAUGUUUCGGGAGAGCCUGGAACUGGAAAAACAGCUAGUGUCAAACAAGUGGUUACUGAACUAUGCAACGAAAAACCAGGCAUCGUCUCAAUAUUUAUUAAUGCAAUGAAAUUAUCUCAACCUUCAAAAGCCUUUGAAAUUAUUUUUGACAAAGUUGUAAAAGGAAAUAAUCGAACUUCAAAAUCUAAAACAAAAACAACUUGUAAAACAAAAAUUGAAACUUAUUUCAAAAAUCCAAAAACUAUUGGAAAAAGACCCUAUGUAAUUGUCAUUAUUGAUGAAAUGGACUUUUUUGUGAUGAACACGACGAACAAUACCAAAAAUAUUCAUUUACUCUAUGAUUUGGUGGAUGUGACAAGAGAUGCAAAUAGUAAAUUAUGUAUUAUUGGAAUAUCAAACACAGUAUCAUUACUAGAUAAAUUACAUGCCAAGAUUAAGAGCAGAUUUGAUGAUACUCUCACAUUCUUUCCUUAUGAAAAUGAACAAAUUAGGACAAUUGUAGAAAGUAAAAUUUUAAAUAACUAUGAAGGUUACUUUGAAAAGAGUGCUAUUAAAAUGAUUGGAUCAAUUAUUGCUCGAAAGGCAGGAGAUAUACGUAGAGCUAUUGAUAUUAUUAAGAGAUGUAUUGAAGUCUAUCAAUGUACUCCUCAAACUUCAGAAAAGAAGAAAAUUGAUUCUAUUUUCGUCAAGAAUAUUGCAUCAGACUAUGCAGAUAUUUAUCCUAUUGAAUCACUCAGCAUUUAUCACAAAAUAUUUUUAUAUUGUGUGAUUCAGGAAUAUCAAAUGAAGGCAAAAACACUCAAAGAAAAUCCAAAUGCAGCAAUGACAGGAUCCUCUGAUGCCAAUCCUGAUAACAUUCUAUUUGAGAGAGUGGUCAUGAGAUUUCAGAAUUUAUUGGCCAUGUGCACUGAGAAUUCAACCAAAUCAUCUCUACCGUCCGUUGCAUCAUCCUCUCCUAAUCAUAAUAAUAACAAAAAUACUCAUUUGUUGCAUUUAUCAAUGGAUCAAUUGGAACAUGUGAUGGGAACUUGUGUCGAAUUGGGAUUUAUUUCCAUUGAAUAUGACAAUAGAGAACGCUUACCAUUGAUACAUUUACAGAAUGACCCUCAAGAAAUACUCUAUUCAUUGGAAACAGAUUCAGAGAUGAAGAAUGUUCUUGUGAGAUAA